UCGGCCCCUUCCCUCCUCCUCCCCCACCCCCGGCACCCCUGCGCCCGGAGCGCUCCUCUGGGGGCCUCGCUCCUCCCCACCUCGGGCACCCUCACCUCCCCCCAGCGGCCUCCAGGGCGUCCCGCGUUUCUCUCUCCGAGCGCUCGCGGUUUCCCGUCGGUCUCUCCCGGUGCCCGUUGCUCACUCACACUCUUGGGUCUGGUUAGUCCAGACCUGCAGCUUGUCCUUGAUUUCCCAAGUGGGAAACGUUUGCAAUUCCAAGGCAAGCCAAGAGCUAAGGUUUAGAACAAAGUCUGCCUUGGACCCUUUCAGAAGAUGACAGGAUUUUUAAAAAAAUAGUUGCGCACCCCCCGCGCCCGCACCGUGCUUUGGAGAUAGUAAGAAUUGGAGCAGAGCACGGGGACUUCAGUUCACGCAUGGAAAGAGAUCUUUGUUAGUUGGAGGAAGGAGAACUUGCCUGAGCUUCGUGCCUUUGUUUUGUUUUUGUGAGAGGGAUGUGUCUCCUAAAUGAAUGUUUGCUCCAGCGUUGCACCUCAAAUAAGUCACCUAGAUAUCCACGCUCUCUUUAUCCACCCCCUCUUGACUCGUGUGACUAGAAUAGUUUUAAUUUUUCUUCUCAAGGGAAUGGCUAAACAGCUCCGAUCUGGGCGUUUGAUAGAGUGUCAUUCAAGAAUGAGUGAAGUUGAGGUGCCUAUAAGCAACUCAGAAAUUGUUGUGGCCAUGCUUGGGGGAGAUAGAGCCCUCCACUCAGGUGAUGAGAGGAGACCUCAGAGGUGACCGAUCCAGGGCCUUUCUCCCUGCCCCACCCCAGCUCGUACCUCCAGUGAAACUUGGCUGGGCUUAUCAAGAGCUCCUUUCAUUCACUGCAACUUCAUUUGUUAGAAAGCUUCUCUGUGUAUUUAGUAGGCAUUGUCUCCAACAUGUACCACUGGUCUGGCUUUUGUUAGGCCGUUAAUAGUGUACAUGUGACAGCUUUUCAAGUACAGGUGCUCCUCGACUUACGGUGGGGUCGCAUCCAGUAAACACAUCGUUAACCCUGAAGUCGAACCAUCCGAAGUCCGGAGACCAUCUGUAUUUGAAAAAAGUCCCUUUGCAUUCCUUGUCAGAGUUCUGGUUUUCAAGGGGAGAAAUCUGUUUGUGUGUUUGUUUGAUCAUUCUGCCCAAAGGAGAUGUGGCUUUGGGUCCUUUUCCCCACUCAUCUUCCACAAUGAAUUACUUUGUCCAUAUUACCGUUAAGAAGUACAUCCAGGUUGGAAUGUGAUCUUCCGUACGUAGCCUCCCAAAACCCCAUUACCAUAGCUUCAUGCUUGUGUUGAUACAGCCACAAUCACAGCCUCCUCAGGUGUCAGUUCUGAGACCUUCCCAUGCCUGUCGCCACUCAGCAAGUGUUCUUCAUGUUCCCUGGCAGUUGGCAUUGUAAGGAGCAGCCAGGUUGUCAUGGACUGUUGCUAGUUACCACAGAGUAGUGAAUUAUAUUAAGGAUUAAUUACAGCAGACAAUGUGCACAGUAUCGAGUGCAGCAUUCUAAAAAUGAUUCUACACUUCUACUUUGAAAAAUUGGAUUUGACUAGAUUGUAGAAUCCAGGUGAAAAUGAUAGGGUUUGGUUUGGUGAAGAGCUUAGUUGUCGGUGUUUUUGGUGACAUCAUGACUGAUCACAUCGAUGGUUUCCAGUGUGAGGGAGUGUUAGAUUACCAGACAAAGAUGGUAAUAAAUAUCAGACCCCACAACUAUUCACAUGGAUCCUACCAAUGGCAGUAGGUAUAGAUAGGGUUACCCCCUCGUCAAAAGAUUACCAGUGUGUUGUGUGGUAAAGAACGUUGCUGUCUUGAGUAUUUUUAAAAGCCGCACUGGUGUGGUAUUAAAAACACAGGCCUUUUGCCAUAGAGUCCUGGGUUUGAAUGCAGCCCCUCUCCUCACAAACUGGCUAUGCGAUGAUGAACAAAUUAACCGGCCAGCUCCAAUUUGCUUCUUAAUGUUGUGAAGUGUAAAUGAGGCCAGGACUGGCAGGUGGUACCUGGAAAAAGGUGCUUGUUUUUACUAAAAAGCUGUCUGAACUUUCAAAUUAAGGCAGAGUUCAAAAUAAGUGAUAGUUACUUAGUGGAAAAUGAAACCUAUCCAACAUACAGUUUGAGGUUACCUUCUAAAGAUGUGGCUUUGAGACAGAAUGUUGGAACAUUGUAUACAGGCUUCCGGGUGAAGAGGUGGCUUUGACUGAGGAGAGUAUGCGAUUUCCAGCUCUUUUCCUAAAUAGACCCUUAAGCAUCCAAACACAUGAUUCCGCUUUUAACCACUGACCCAAAUUUUAACAUGACUGUGCUAGGCUAGGGUGCAGCCUCAGAACUAAGUGGCUUAUCCAGGAUUAAAGUUGACCUCAUUAGGACUUAAUUCCAUCUAAGUCAGCUGGCUAUGGACCAUAAUCUAACAAGGGCUCCGAAAUAAUUCAAAAAAUUCAAAAAGAGUGUGAAAAUUUAAUGACUGGACCAUCCUGUUGAUUUGCAAAACCUAAUAUUCAGCUCUAAAAUCUUGAGUGUGAAGAUUGAGUAUUGCACCCUAAAAAUAGAAGAGAAUUUGUGUUAAGCUAUACCCUUCACACUUUUUGUUCACUUGUAAGAAACUAUGUGAUUAUUUUCAUUCCUGGGAAAACCUCCCACCACUGUCUCCAGUUGUGUACGUGGGUGUGUAUGAAAUUCGCCCCCGGCCCCUUGCCACCCCACAGUAUUUCUUUACGAUCCUCAUUCUGCUGUUAGAAAUCCAGAGGAAUGUGAAGAGGAAAGCAAGUAUAAACUUCAUCAUAAUUAUAACAGGUUGUUAAAAAGGUUGUGUUCAUUUCAGAAAAUGUCUUCAUGAGGUCUGGUGGUCUUUUUCCCUGACAAUUUGUAUCUGGUGUUUUGUAAAGCAUUACCAUUUUAUGUGAAGUUAAAGCAGUUACUUUGAAAAAGUUACAUGCGGUAAGUAUAAAAUCGGAAAGGAUAUUUUUGUAGGUUUAAGAAGGGUAAGACUUCUCCACAUGAAAAAGUGUUUUCUUGUGAAUUAGAUGAAGCUAUGCUGUAUUUUAAUAGUUAGGCUCAGAGGUGACACAUGCUGCGUGCGCUUUUUCUUCUUGAAGGCAGCUUGGGAGAAGUUAUAGUAUUGCCUAAUUGUGAUCUUGAACAUGGGCGGUGCCGUGAGUGCUGGCGAAGACAAUGACGAGCUGAUAGACAACUUGAAAGAAGCGCAGUAUAUCCGCACGGAGCUGGUAGAGCAGGCUUUCAGAGCCAUCGAUCGCGCAGACUAUUACCUUGAAGAAUUUAAAGAAAAUGCAUAUAAAGACUUGGCAUGGAAGCAUGGAAACAUUCACCUCUCAGCCCCGUGCAUCUACUCGGAGGUGAUGGAAGCCCUAGAUCUGCAGCCUGGACUCUCAUUUCUGAACCUGGGCAGUGGCACUGGGUAUCUCAGCUCCAUGGUGGGCCUCAUUCUAGGUCCUUUUGGUGUGAACCAUGGGGUGGAACUUCACUCAGAUGUGAUAGAGUAUGCAAAGCAGAAACUGGACUUCUUCAUCAGAACAAGUGAUAGUUUUGACAAGUUUGACUUCUGUGAACCUUCCUUUGUUACUGGGAAUUGCCUGGAGAUUUCUCCGGAUUGUUCUCAGUAUGAUCGUGUAUACUGUGGGGCUGGUGUGCAGAAAGAACAUGAAGAGUACAUGAAGAAUCUUCUCAAAGUGGGAGGGAUCCUUGUCAUGCCAUUGGAAGAGAAGUUGACUAAGAUAACACGCACAGGUCCUUCAGCUUGGGAAACCAAAAAGAUUCUUGCUGUUUCUUUUGCUCCUCUGAUCCAGCCCUGCCAUUCAGAGUCAGGAAAAUCAAGACUUGUCCAGUUACCACCAGUGGCAGUUCGCAGCCUGCAGGACUUGGCUCGCAUUGCCAUCCGGGGCACCAUUAAAAAGAUUAUUCAUCAGGAAACUGUGAGCAAAAACGGAAACGGACUAAAGAACACCCCCAGGUUUAAACGAAGGAGAGUUCGCCGCCGUCGAAUGGAAACGAUUGUCUUUUUGGACAAAGAAGUCUUUGCCAGUCGGAUUUCCAACCCCUCAGAUGACAACAGCUGUGAAGACUUGGAAGAGGAACGGAGGGAAGAAGAAGAGAAGACCCUGCCUGAAACUAAGCCAGACCCCCCAGUGAACUUCCUACGCCAGAAGGUUCUGAACCUCCCUCUGCCAGAUCCCCUGAAAUACUACUUGCUUUAUUACAGAGAAAAAUAAGUCUCCUGUUUGAAAGGGGGAAAUGAGGAAGAGCAGAUGGCUGAGUCUGAAGUUCGUGCUGCCUAUGUGCUGUUGAAGGGUCACCUGGAGGUAGACGUUGUGGGGAAGGGAACUGCUGGGCUCAUCCACACCGUGGUUUUCUUCUUCUAGUUCCUGAUUGACCUCUAAAAUUCUAUUCAGUUGUAUGAUUUCUUUACAUAAUUCCACAAGACUUUCAUUGCAUAGAAGAUUGUUUUCCCAAGGCGGAGAGAAUCUUCAUAGAGAAAAAGAGAAGGCUGUUUCUUUUUCGGCUCUGACGAAACACUAAAGUGUGCGUAAUAGAGACUGUUUGAUGACCGUCCCUCAUACGACACGCACGUUACUAAAAAUGAAAACUGAAGUGAAACUAACCUGUGUUGCUUGUAAAGUGUGAAAGCACAAGCUUACAAAUGUAUAAAAUCUUUUCUGGGUGUGACGUACCUGCGUCCAAGUUUGAAUUUUUAUGAUAUGUGCCACUUAGUUACUGGCACUGAGUAUCACUGAAUUUCUUAGUUUUCCAGUGGGGAAACAUACUGAGAAGCCCUCCCUUACUUAAGUAAGUUAAUUAAAUCUUAUGUGAGUUAUCAGUUGUAAUUUUUCAAAGGAAAAAUUUUGAUAGGGUGGAGGAAUGAAUUGCCAGAUAAUCUUUCUGGAAUUCUGGGAGAAUUCCAAAGAGGUUUUUUUUUUUUUUUUUUUUUUUUAUGACAUCUUUUGAUACCUUUAAAAGAAGCACUGUCAAGUAAUCCUUAAAAUAAUAUCCUGGAAAAGGAAGCAAAUUAUUUCCUGCGUGUAAGCAAUAAGUGAACUUACAUUUGCCCUAACCCUAGGGAUGAUUCUUUACCCAGUUUUAAAGCCGAUCAUGGUUUUCUAAGGUGUUGACACCUCCAUCCUCAGAGCAGGCAGAAAGUAUCAAAUAGACUGAGGACUCUAGGUAGAAAGGAAAGAGACUGGGGACUCUAUGAUGGACAGCCUGUGCUUUUUGACUCAGUUUGCUAUUUUUCUGUGAUCACAUUAGAGUACUGAUUCAUAGAUUCUAUCUUUUAUAAUUCUGGAGAAAAAGAGAUUUGUUAGUUUUGUAAUUUUUUUGUAAGAGCAAAUGUAUGUAUUUUAGUAGCUCCAUUGCAUGAGAACAGUGUAACUCACACUGACUUGUGAUAUCAGCCUUCUCUGGGCCUUGUGUGUGGAGAGCUUUCUGUCUUACCAGGUGGUAGGGCUAAAAGAACAGCAGCCUUUUUGGUAGUCACAUAGCAGAAUGAUCAGAGUUACAUUGCUUAUUCCAAAAAUUGGUUCUUUUUAAAACAUUUUUUUUUUACCCAAAGAAAAGAAUAAUAUAAAUUACUAACAAUAAACAUAAAUUCAGAGUGUUGAUGUAGGAUUCAGUAUCCAGAGUUUAUUUUUAAUCUUAAUCCUCAGCUUCUUGGGAGUUGCUGGGCUUCAGUGUCUCUGUGGUUUCGCCAGCUUAGCUUGAGCUCUGGUGAUUUUGGAUCUUUUCUGCUUUUUUAAGUAACUGAGUCAUUUUUACCACACAGCCCAGUUUGCAUGUAUAGCUAGGAAACAUGUAUUGUUCUAGUUUGGACAGUUUAAGUCAUUUUAAAGAAAGUUCAUAGUUGUUGCCUUUUAACUCAUACUCAAGCUUCAUUCUGUCAAAGAGAAAUUUGUGAUUUUCAUUUACUUGCUAAUAUUUUGUAGUUUGGAGAUCCUUGUGGGCAUUAUUCUAACAAUAUGUAGACACUUGGAAAUUUUUGGACAUAAUAUUAAAUGAGUGGUAUCUGUGAAAUUGGUUGUAUUAGGUGGCGUGACUAAUUUUUUUCUAUAAUUGUAUAUGGACUGCAUUUUAAAAAAAACGCAUUUGCCUUUAUGCUAUAGAUUGUAAAAAAUUAUAUUAGAAUGCAUAAGACAUGUUUUCCCCUCAUAUGCUAGACUUUUCCUAGCAUUUUGUAUUUCUGUGUUGUCAGUGUGUGAUUUUUAAACCAGAAUUUGGUUUAAAAAAAUAUGGUGGUAAUGUAUGUGAGAAGUAGUUUGGUGCUUACCUUAUGAAAAUAAAGGAUUGUAAGUAAGGUUUCCUGCACACCUUAUACCAGAAUUCAGUAUAAUACGCUACUUUCUGUUUGCAAACAGAGAAAUCAUAAUAUAGUCUGUAUUGUCUGUAAGAUCUAUCCUGUAAACCACAUUCUUGACAACUAUUUACUUUUGAGUAGUUUGUAUUUUAAUAUGUGACUUUUGUCUUGAAAAGUAGUAAAGCCAUAGACUUGUGCAAAACAAAUUUCAAGUUUAUAGAUAUUAAGUUUGUAAUGUAAGAAUCAAAUGUGUAUGUAAAAAUACUUUUUACCAGUCUGGAACUUGGGAAAUCCAGGGAAUUUGAAACAUAGAUUUUAAUGAGCUGGUAAACACAAAUCAUGUCAAUAAAGGUAGUCAGGAUAUUUUAUCCUUAGCAUUGCUUCUGCAUCCUGUGUGGGAUUCCAAUUCUUGAAUAUGUUCUUUUCAAAAUCUUAAGAAAACAACCUUUUUUCUUUAUUAACAUCAUGUGUUUACUUUCAGCAAAUAUUUGUAUUACUGCUUGAUUCUGUGACAUUCACAACAGAUGUAGAGAAGGCAUUAUUUUUCAUUAAUAAAUGUGAAAUUGGAAUGGA